UUCUCCUUAUUUCCCUCAACAUUUAAGCCCCGCCCCUUAACUUCCUUCUCAAAAUUUUUUACCGUUUUUAGUGUUCAUUUAUUUAAGUUUAUUCACUCACAAAUAUUUUUUAGUUAAAAAUUUUUGGUCAACGAAGUAAAUUAAAAUAAAAUCUUAUUAAAUACACACCAAAAUAUUUUAAUUUUAAAUAAUAACUGCCACAAAAUGAUGUUCACUUAUUGGCCGCCUGUUAAACAUUGCUUUAUAUGCCCUCCAAAUACUCAUCAUCAUCAUUAUCACCCUUCUUCUUCAUUACCCCUUCGUUGUGCCAUUUCUUUGGGUGAUUUGCCUGAUCACAUUUUUCUUCAAAUUUUAAACGAUCAAAAACAAAUUGUUGGGAAUUCUCAUCAUCAUCAAUCUUCUUCUUCUUCCUCCUCAUCAACACAAUCCUUUCCUCAAUAUAACAAAAUAAUGAAGAAAGCAACAAUAUUGAGUGAUGAAAAAUUAAAUGAAGAAUGGGAGGGAGAUGAUAAUAGAAUUGAAAUUUUACAAAAGCGAACGAGCCAAAAAUCUGUUGGAACCCAAACAGGCAACAACAAUUUUCCCUUCAAAAUUGAGGAAGAAGAAGUUGAAGAAGAUGAAGAAGAUUGCAAAAUUAUUUGUGCACAAAUAGCUCAAUCCCUCUUAGACAUUGCAGAUCGUUGGGCACAACAACAACAAGAAAUUCCGACAAAAUCUUUUUGGUUGUUUGGUUGGUUAAAAAUGAAAGUUUUUAGAUUAUUUGGAUAA